GGCGGGAUGGUGGCGCCGGGGGGGCGGUGGCGCGUGCGUCACUUCCGCUGUCAGGUGGCCGCCGCCGCGGAGCGGAGCGGAGGCCGCGGCCGGGCGUGGGGCUGCGGGAGGCGCCGGCCGCCGCGCCGGCCCCGGGGCCAUGGACUCCUCGACCUUUCGACCAUCCAGCCUUCUCCAAGGUGAUGACUCCUGUCUCCUGAGACGUUGGAAAACCUAGUUUGGAAGAAGAGUAAAGAUACAGUUGAUGCUGAACUACAGCCAAGGAUGAAGCGGCGAGCGUCAGACAGAGGAGCUGGGGAAACAUCCACUAAGGCAAAAGCUCUUUGUACAGGGAUUUCUGGAAAUAAUGCCAAGAGAGCGGGCCCCUUUAUCCUAGGUCCACGUUUAGGUAACUCCCCUGUGCCAAGUAUUGUUCAGUGUUUGGCAAGAAAGGAUGGGACAGAUGACUUCUAUCAGCUAAAGAUUCUCACCUUAGAAGAAAGGGGUGAUAAAGGAAUAGAAACCCAGGAGGAACGACAGGGCAAGAUGCUGCUGCACACAGAGUAUUCUCUCCUUUCCCUGCUCCACAACCAGGAGGGAGUGGUCCAUCAUCACGGGCUCUUUCAGGACCGAGCUUGUGAAAUUAUAGAAGAUCUAGAAGCCAACAGAAUGGUCAGAAAAAUGAAGAAGCGCAUUUGUCUUGUGUUAGACUGUCUCUGUGCUCAUGAUUUCAGUGACAAAACAGCAGAUCUGAUCAAUCUGCAGCAUUAUGUCAUUAAAGAGAAGAGACUCAGUGAGCGGGAGACAGUAGUGAUAUUUUAUGAUGUGGUACGAGUGGUAGAAGCAUUACAUAAGAAAAAUAUUGUGCACAGAGACUUGAAACUAGGAAACAUGGUGCUAAACAAAAGGACUCAUCGAAUAACCAUAACAAACUUCUGUCUUGGAAAGCACCUCGUGAGUGAAGAUGACCUGCUGAAAGACCAGCGAGGGAGCCCUGCCUACAUCAGCCCGGACGUGCUUAGUGGACGGCCAUACCGUGGAAAACCCAGUGACAUGUGGGCAUUGGGCGUGGUGCUCUUCACCAUGCUCUAUGGCCAGUUCCCCUUCUACGACAGCAUACCUCAGGAGCUUUUCCGCAAAAUCAAGGCUGCCGAGUACACCAUCCCUGAGGAUGGACGGGUCUCAGAAAACACUGUGUGCUUGAUCCGAAAACUGCUGGUCUUGGAUCCACAGCAGCGUCUGACGGCUUCUGAAGUGCUGGAUUCUCUCAGCUCCAUCAUAGCAUCAUGGCAGUCUAUGUCCUCGCUGAGUGGCCCUUUGCAAGUGGUGCCAGACAUCGAUGACCAAGUGGCUAACCCUGAAAACCCCCAGGAGGUGAAGGUGACAGAGGAGUGCUCACAGUACGAGUUCGAGAACUACAUGAGGCAGCAGCUGCUCUUGGCUGAGGAGAAGAACACCUUGCAUGAGGCCAAGAGCUUCCUACAGAAGCGGCAGUUUGGGAACAUCCCCCCCGUGCGACGCCUGGGCCACGACGCCCAGCCCAUGAACCCUUUGGACGCAGCCAUCCUGGCCCAGAGGUACCUUCGGAAGUAGCU